AUGAGACAAAUGGGUGGACGCAACGGACCUAAUGCUCUCUCACAGUAUGCCAUGCCUUACAGCUAUGGUGAUUUAUUUUUUCCACCAUGGAUGCACAAUCACCUGCCACCACAUUCUUCAUUCUACUGGUUGAGGCAAAGACCUCAAGACCAUGAAACUCAACGAUAUGAAUACACUAUGCCAGUGCAUCCACCUCCACUGCCAUCUCAGCAAACACCCACUCUGCUUCAACGGCCUGGAAUACCAGAGCAACCUCACUACCAAUUCACUGAUCUCACUCCUACCAUGCAAGCCCAACUCCAACAGUAUGAGAUGCAGCCACCAUUUCAGCAGACACCAUUACCAGAAGGGAAUCAGCCUGUCGUUCCACAGAAGAAGCGGCCACCCUUGGACCGACAAACUCAACAGAUCUACCUAGGUUUGCAUGGAAACCAGCAAGACCAAGCACAACCACCACCACAGCAAUCUAUUUAUCCAAACUUGUAUUACAUGCCGUAUGUAGCAAACCAAGGAGCUGCUCCUGGCAGAUUAGGAAUAGUAAGCUCAGAAGAAAUGCAGGGUGGUGGAUUUGGUCCCCCAGCCUACCAGGCCCCGGGCCCUGAUCUCUUUGCCACAGAUGCUAGGUUACGACACAUGGCGCUGAACCAGCCAGGCGACUACACGGUUGAAGAUGAUCAACUCGGCAUCACUGAACAGCCUGAUGUAAAAGGCGGAGCUAAUGUUGGGGCCAAUCCUGCAGGCAAGGGGAACCCUAUCAGCCCCCUAGAGGGCAAUCCAGCUAUUGGUGCCUCACCAAAUGCCAACAGCUAUCUCCUGCAUCCGGCUGGCCAGAGCAAAGGACCAUUAGGGGAACCCCAAGCUACAGGGGGGCCACUAGCACCAGAAGGGCUCCCAGUUGUGGAUGCUGCUGGCACAGCCAUGCCUUUGGACCCUACCACGUUCCCUGACACGAUGUUCCCAACUGAUGUGGGAAAUGGGGCAGGCCUGUCCCCGAUAGGCCAGGACAUGUGGCAUUUCCAAGAGCCCUGA